GCCCCUCCAUCUGACAGGCGCCGUACAGUAGGUGACGUCACCGUCACAUGACCCCCGCUGCCCUCCGUACAGUAGCGGCCUUGCUAUGGCCUCGGUGGCGGCGGCGGGGCGGUGAGAGGAGCGGAGGCCGCCAUGCCGCACAACACGGCGAGAGACGCCGCCCGGCGGAAGAGGAGGAAACGGCGGAGGAAGAAGAAGGGCCGGACCUGGGCUGAGGCGGCACGUACGGUGUUGGAGAAAUAUCACAACACGCCUAUGAGCCACAAAGAAAUUCUUCAGGUGAUCCAGAAAGAAGGACUGAAAGAGAUCAGUGGUACCUCCCCUCUGGCCUGCCUCAAUGCCAUGCUGCAUACCAACUCCCGGGGGGAAGAGGGCAUGUUCUACAAAGUUCCUGGCAGAAUGGGGGUCUACACAUUGAAGAAAGAUGUGGCAGAUGUGGUAAAAGAAUUGUCGGACUGCUCAGAGGACAGCAGCGAAGCCCAGUCGGAUUCCCAGGGCUCAGAACACAGCACCUCCAGCAGCAGCAGCACCAGCGCUGCCAGCAACAAAGACAGGAGAAGGAGUUGCUGGAAGAGGAAAGUUACAUCUAGAGUGUCCCAGCCAUCUUCACCCCAGCCCAGCUGUCCAUCACCCCCCAUCCCUGCGGGGAAAGUCAUCUCUCCAUCUCAGAAGCUCAGCAAGAAAGCACUGAAACAGGCCCUGAAACAACAACAACAGCGGAAGAAGCAGCAACGCAGGGCUGUGAUGCCGGUCGCGGCCAGCCAGCACCUUUUACUGAAGGCCGCGAAGAGCACCAGCAAUAUCGCAGCGUCCAAGUCGGCGCCGGCACAAACAUGGACAGCGAAGCGCUCCGAGGUGCAGCCGAGGACGCAGCAGAUCUCUGCACCAGCCUCCAACUUGGCGGUUAAAUCCAAUGAAUCAUUGCAUGGCCUCGGGAAGAAAGCCUUGCAGAGGUCCAGCCGACUGCGGGACAGUCACUUGAAGAGGACCAAAUGUGCCGAGAUAGACGUAGAGACUCCGGAAUCCAUCCUGGUGAACACCAACCUGCGGGCCCUCAUAAAUAAGCACACCUUCUCAUUGCUGCCAGCGGAUUGCCAACAGAGACUUCUCGGGCUUCUACCAGAGGUGGACCAGCCGGCUGGUUCAGAUGGGCUUUUGAAGCUGAAUAACUCUGCCCUCAAUAAUGAAUUCUUCACCUCUGCAUCCCAGAGCUGGAAGGAGAGGCUGGCUGAAGGUGAGUUCACACCAGAGAUGCAGCUGCGAAUCCGCCAGGAGAUUGAGAAGGAGAAGAAGGUGGAGGCAUGGAAGGAGCAGUUUUAUGAGAACUACUACGGAGAGAAUUCUGGCCUAACUAUGGAGGAAUUUAGUGAUAUGACAGCUGAAGAUGAUGACAUCAAAGCACAAAUGUUUCCAUCUGUAGAGCACAUUGAGGCCAAACCUGAGAGGAAAUCACUAGAUGAUCUUUCAACCGUGAAGGCGGAAAAUGACCAGGAGAGUCCCCUGAAAUCUCACUUAUCUGAAAUUACAGAAGCCAUACCACCACCUGAUAAUCCUGACACUGGUACCCCUGUCAAAGCCGACUCCAUAAAAGACUUGGAGAUGGCCGAAGAGAACAAACUGGAUGGUUCUGUUGAGAAAAUGACCCAAACUACAGACACAACCUGUGAAUCUAUAGACACAGAGUCAACAAGCCAUACCUGUGUGACCCCCAGUGAACCAAAGAGCCCAGCUGUUGUUCAGUUGCCCACAACGCCUACAAAUACAGAGAGCCUUCCCCAAGACUCGAGUGGAGCCGAUACCCCAGAGGAGUCACCAGAGAAGGAGGAGGCCAGCCCCAUCAGUGGGACCAAGAGAAGGCUGGAUAUUGAUGAAAGCAGUUUGGGCAGUCCUGAGAAGAGCCCACGUUUGAUGACACCUAGCCAAUCUCCGCAGCCAUUUCGUGCCUUAUGUAAGCCCCAUACAGAGACAGCACAGCAGACCGCAGAGCAGAAGGUCCCACCUCUCAAGAUUCCCAAGUCAUGGAUCACUCAAAAGCCAUUUCUUGCCAGCCAGGUCUCUCACAGGGUUCCCUAUACAGCCACCGGCAACAGUCCAGGCAGAACAGGGGCCCGUACUCUGGCCGAUAUCAAGGCUAAAGCCCAGCUGGCCCGAGCAAAGAGAGCAGCAGCUGCAGCUGCCCAUGGAGGUUCCAUCCCUGGACCAGGCCCUGGGGGAGGAGCAGUGCCAGGAGGUGACAUCGAUGAGAGCAGGAAGAGAAUACUGGACUUGGGAAGUACUGGAAGCGGGAGAAGUGAAAGGGGAACUUCAGCCCCUCAACCAGCUAGUCAAAACCAAGGCCAAGUCAAGGUUACGGGGCAGGCACCGGCUUACGGUGCAACAAGAGCACAGCUACUGCAAAAACCCUGUAUACAACCCAGAAUCUCAGCUACUACUUCCUUUGGAAGCACAAGAUUCUUCCUGACCUCAGAGCGUGACAUUGUCACCACCAUCAGAAAUCAAAACCCAUUCUCUGUAACAGUAGAUAAAAAUAUGAUAGUUCCUGGGGCUUCAGGAUUGGGAACCCUGGCCCACCAUUGCGAACAUAUCAAAGCUGAAAGUACAAAGGGAAUGUUGGCUGAUAGGUCAGAUCUGAAAAUACCUGCCACAAAACUUUCUUCAGAUUCACAGUUAGCCUCAGUAGCUUCCCCUGUCUCAUUUACAGCAAACCCUUCUUCAAAGUUGAGGACCUCUUUACCAGCUCAAGGGAAUGACAAAACAUUACUUAGACAGUCCUCCGACAUCAGUGCAAAAUCUCUGCGGUUAGCCACUUGUAGUGGACAGUCAACCAGGUCAAGCGCCAGCAUUCCUGCAAAUAACCCACUUGUAACUCAACUUCUCCAAGGAAAGAACGUUCCUUUAGACCAGAUCUUGCCAAGACCAAUAACAAAAGUUGAAAUGAAGACUGUAUCCUUAUCAUCAUCUGAUAAACCACCCAGUGCAAGUACGGUGCAAGCAGGGGAGUCUUGUAGGAAGGAAGGCAUGGAUAAAACAUCUCAUACAGCUGCCCAACAGCUGGAGAGAUUCUUAUGCCAUAAUCGACAACACCCAUCUGGCCAAAGAAUAUUGGAACUCUUUUCGGGAAAGAACCUAAGCAAUCCAAGUAACAAUUCAGUGCAAGGUUCUGUGGCCAGCAAUGCAAACCAGGAACAAAUUUUACAGUUUCUGGUCAAGAAGGUAUGGCAAGAGAAUUCAGUGAAUGCAUCCAGUCCACCUCAAAUGAAUGACAGCGCCUCUCAGAAGGAGAAUAUCUCCCAGAGGUUCAUGCUCGGUUUCACCGGGAGACGGGCAUCAAAACCAGCCAUGUCUGGUCACUACUUACUCAACCUCUCAACAUAUGGAAGAGCUCCAGAGCCCUUUAGAAGAACACAAUUUGGUAGCAGCGAGGCAGAAACUUGUUUAAAUUAUUCUGAUUGCUUAGGCAAUGCGAAUGAUGAAACAGAGUCUGUUACAGACAGCAGCGAGGAGGACAUAGAGUCUGAAGAAAGCAUGAGUGAAUGUGCAACUUCAGCUGUUAGAGUGGAGUCUGGUAACCAAGGUUCCUCAUUAAAAUCACAAAAUCUCUGUAACAAAAACACAAAAGUUGAACGGUUUCAAACUGAAGACUUGAAGGAGAAAGUUCAGAUCAUCACCAAAGACAACAUCUACAGUGGUGUAAACAUAGCCAGAGAUUUGGCCAAUGUUUUUGGUGUUCGGUUAAAGCAGAACACUUCGGACGUGUUUGGAAUGCAUGCGACAUCGGUUGGACUCCCGCAUCAUCAUCCAGAGCUGGGCCAAACAUCCAGGACUAAUGGAAAUUCUGCAGGUCUUCUCGGAUCGGGUUAUGGAGGUACAGAUGGUCUACACAGAUCUUCUCUUCCCACAGGUGGAGAUUUCACUUCGUCCAACGCAGACAACAUUGUUUCUUUCUCUGUGACCGUGACAACCAUCCCAUCCAGUCGCAGCGGGAAUCCCGGUUGUCCCGAUCAGCCCAUUUCUGUCCAGGCUUACACCGAUGAUAACGGUAUGGAGUUGUCCCCCUCCAAAUGCUACUGUCGGCUGAAGGCCAUGAUCAUGUGCAAGGGCUGUGGAGCGUUUUGCCACGAUGAUUGCAUCGGUCCCUCCAAACUCUGUGUUUCUUGCUUGGUGGUCCGAUGACCUUUAGAAAUGGUCGGUUUCAAAGUACUUUGUUGGCCAUCCUUGGCCAAAAUGUUUUUUAAAAAAAAGCAUAGUAUCUCCAUAUUUUAAUGACAAGGGGUUGUAGGGGUCAGCUGUGUCUGCUAUAACCCUCGACCUCAGAAGGAAAAAAAAGUAACCUUUUUAAAUACUUUGGAUUUUGACAAAAGAUCUUGGCGGGUACGUUUCAGGGUUCUGUACGACCCUGAUCAAUCACGACAUAAGUUUGCACUUAUUGUAAAUAGCACACAAGGGAGUGUUGAAGACAUUCAUUGUUUUUUUUUACUAGUUUUAAUAUUCGUUUUCCAAAGAAUGAAAAAAAAAAAAAGCAAUAUCCCUUCUCCCCCAAAUUCCCCCUUUUAUCAUCUUCCUUGUUUUAGAUUGUGCACUAUACAAAAUACUGGACCCCCCCCCCCCCUAUUUAAGCAAUAAUGUUAAACUACCUAUGAAUGUUCAGAAGUAUAUAUAGAGUUCUAUAUGGCUGUCAAGACCAUAUGGUUGUGUUUUUUUAAGAAAUGAAGUUUAAUGAUUUGCAACCACCAAACAACAUGGAGUUCAGUUCACAUGGGAAGACUUUCUUAUGGGUAUAUUUGUCAAGAUUUUUUUUCACCCAAUUUUUAACCAAAAUGUACUCUUUUCCUAAUUGAAUCUUAUGCAACAAUUUGUAAAUCUUGGGUGAAGACAUUGAAAAAUAGACCCUUUAGCAUCAAUCAUGGGGCAUUGUAGUGGUGGGUCAUAAGGCUAUUAAAGUGUUACUAAACCCA